AUGGACCUCAUGAGCUCCUCGCGAUUCAAGAUCCCUUUCAGACGCGAAAAGCCGAAAGUACCGUCCCCCGCUCCCAAUACCGUCAUUCCCCCCUCCCAGCGCCUCGCCCACCACCUCCCACACUUCGCCGCCCUCGAACCGCAGCUCGUCCACGACAAGUUUGUCUGUGAACAAUCAUCAGCCGCAAGCACCGCAAACACAACAGUUAGGCCGACCACCGAGUUAUUCACCUGCUGGAGCUAA